GCGAUACCGGAAGACAUUUUUUUUUUCAUUUUUUUUUUCUUCAUUUUUUUUUUAUCUAGGAUCUGCAUGAUGUCUGUUCGUAAAUUAUUAGUAUCCGUAAUAAUAACCGUGAAUAUUUUCUCUUGUAUUGGAAUAUUAUUUACGUGCACAAAACAUUUUGAAGAUUCUAAGAGAACAGUAUAUAAUCUUUCGGAAUACAUAGAAUCUUUGAACGGGUAUAACGAAUUGAAAAGAAUUUCAGAGAGAUUAAGGGAUCAAAUCUCAGAGGAAUGUAACAGAAACACAACAACACUUCCGAAUCCUGUGUCUAUGUACCUUUACGCUAAAACAGUCAACGAAGCUUUAAGUCCAAUCAGAGAUACAAUAAAUAAGACAGACGAUGUUUUAAUAAAAGAAACAAUGAUAUCAUUCAUUUCAAAUUUACCGACGGGAGCAGACGUAGAAGGUGUUAUACUGUCAUUCGUUAAGUUACAAAACACGUACAACGUAUCGUCACGUGACAUGGCUAGUGGUUACAUACUUGGAAUUAAAGUGCCAACUUUAACAGCGUUUGAUUGUUUCGACAUUGGACUUUUUAUGUUUAAAAAAGGAUAUAACAGAUUGGCUAUACAAUGGUUCUAUACCACAUUAACAAAACAGCAAGAAAUCAAAUCUACAAAACAGAACAUAAAGAUAUUCCGCUCAAUAAUCAUUGGUUUAAUAGAAAAUGCAAAACGACAGGAAAUUAAAGCAGAAAAGGAAACAAGAAUGAGAAUUGCAUUUACUACACUCCAAAAAGAUGAUGACUCAAAAUUUAAACAGAAUUUGACUGCAGAAUUACACGCAAUGUUAAAAAACAAAACAAUCAAAUUUUAUGGACCAGAACUGGACAGAAAUUUAAAAGUAAACAAGAAUUAUGAGUUCUUAUGCAGGAAACAGAUCCUAUAUUCAGAGGGAUACUGUAAAUAUUUAGGAUAUCCCUUCAUCGGAUUUUACUACCGACCAAUCAAAAUCGAGAUCAUCAACAUAUCACCAAGAAUAAUAGUUGUUCAUGACAUAAUUAAUAUUGAUGUCAUAAGUCACUUUACUGCAAAAUCUUUUCAACUUUCAAGAUCUGAAGUAGUGAAUUUAAAAGGCAAUGAUAGCAAUGUCCAAUCUGACCACAGAACAAGUUCAACGUUUAAGUAUUUAGAUGACACAGAUUAUCCAUCGGUUGGUAGACUUAAUAACUUCCUUGAAAGAUUAACUGGAUUGAGAAUGAACAAAAAACAAGCUGACCACUUUCAGAUAGUAAACUACGGAAUCGGUGGAGAAUAUAAACCACACUAUGAUUGGGUUGAAGAGAAAUAUGUGAUUUCACGAAUGUAUACAGGAACAAACAGAAUAUUGACAAUAUUGUUUUAUUUAAGUGAUGUGGAGAUUGGUGGAUCAACAGUUUUUCCACAUCUAAAUAUCGCGGUGCCUCCUAAAAAGGGUUCUGCUCUUUUUUUCACGAACCUAGAUGAGAAAGGACAUGGUGACACAUUAACAUUGCAUGCUGGAUGUCCCGUUUUCUUUGGUUCGAAGUGGAUUGCUAAUAAAUGGGUCCACACUAAGGAUCAGGAUAUGAACUUUCUACAAACCGUUCCUUCAGUGUGGAUGUAACGAGUCUCACU